UUUUUCUGACUUAACAGAUCGUUCAAGUGCAUUUUUUAACUAAGAAAAACAUUUUCCCGAGUUCCUGAAGACCACAUGAACGCAGCAUGAGUGUCUGACUGAGAAACAGAUUCUGAUGCGUAGCACGAGGUUAACAAUGACAAAGAACUCUGGAUAACUCUGUCACUGUGCAAUGUGGAUUGACACAAAGGUCACCGUUUCCCUUGACAGCAUGUAGCAUUUUAACCCAGCCUGUAAAAUGGUUCAGUGUUACUAGCUCAUUUACUGGUAUGACGUCUUCUUUAUACCGUUACAAUUUGUGUUCAGUGUUGAUUUAAAAAUUGAAAGUAAGGCUAGAUUGCAUCAUACCCUCUAUGUGGAUUUUACUCUGAGAAGUCCCUCCAUCACUUAAGAUGGUAGCCGAAGACCCAAACACCAGCGGAGACGAGUUAGAUGGGGAGAGAAAUAUGAAAUUGCCAGGAGUGGAAGAUGGAGAUGCAGAGUUGGCCAUUUGUGCCUCAGAUUCACCUUCAUCUCCUGAAGGUCUCCAAGAAGAACCCAGAAAGUGGAAGUUUGCAGUCAUUUUUUUGUGCGUGUUUGGAUUUAUGGCUUCCAUUAAGCCGGGGGAGCCUUUUAUUACGCCAUAUCUACUGAGUGUGGAGAAGAACUUCACCAGGGAACAGGUGACCAAUGAGAUCACCCCUGUACUCACCUACUCGUACAUGGCCGUGCUAGUGCCUGCAUUCCUGCUCACUGACCUCCUGCGCUACAAGCCUGUUCUGGUCAUUCAGGGCCUCAGUCAGGUGGUCAUCUGGCUUUUGCUCUUGUUGGGCAGCUCCCUCCUCCAGAUGCAGCUCAUGGAGUUCUUCUAUGGCAUCACCAUGGCCUGCCGAGUGGCCUAUUCCUCCUACAUCUUCUCGCUGGUCAGCCCCACCCUGUACCAGCGCGUGGCCGGCUACUCCCGGACCUCAGUGCUGCUUGGAGUCUUUACCAGCUCAGUUUUGGGACAGUUAUGUUUAUCACUGGGUAACAUCACAUUCUACACCCUAAAUGCCAUUUCAUUAGGAUUUGUAAGCUUGGGAUUGCUGCUCGCGAUUUGCCUCCCCUGGCCGAAGCGAUCACUGUUUUUUAACCGCAGUCAGGAAAAAGCAGUAAAAAAGGAAUUGGACAAAAUGAAUCCUAAAAAAUCUUCAGAAUCAAAGUGGAAGGACUCGGUGUUAGUGCAGAUGUUGCUGGAGCUGAAACAUGUGCUCAAGAUGCCCAAUUUGAGGCUGUGGUCGCUCUGGUGGAUCUUCAACUCCACGGGUUACUACCUGGUGCUCUUCUAUGUCCACAUUCUAUGGAACAAGGUCUAUCCAGCCACAGAAAACAAGAAUGUGUACAACGGUGGAGUAGAAGCCGCAUCUACUUUAUUAAGUGCCUUGACAUCCUUCAUUGCGGGCUAUGCCAAAAUCCGAUGGAACAUUUGGUCUGAGCUCGUCAUAGCGGUCAUCACUGCGGUCCAGGCUGGACUGUUAUUGCUCAUGGGAACCACAAACAACAUCUGGGUGUGCUACAUCGCCUAUGUGCUUUUCAGAGCCUUCUACCAGUUUUUGGUUCCUAUUGCAACAUUUCAGAUUGCCUCAUCUCUUACAAAGGAACUUUGUGCGCUUGUGUUUGGGAUCAACACUUUUCUUGGAACUAUUUUGAAAAGCAUCAUUAACUUAAUAUUUUCUGACAAGAGAGGGCUAGGAUUGGAUGUGCACUCACAGUUUCUUGUCUACUUCAUCUACUUUGCCCUACUCACAGUGGUGUACUUUGUCUGCGCUGCCGUGGUCAUAAUCCGGCACUUUCGUAACCGGCCUGACAAAGGAUGCAGGGUCAACCAGCUGUCCACAGAGCUGACCCCAGUUGCAGCCAGUUCAGAGACAGAGCCACUGUCAAAUGGCAAAAGUGUCAAGUCUUAAAAAUAUGUUUUCCUAUUUUAAUAAUAUUUUGAGCAGAGCGUUAAUAAGUGCCUCCUCUGCUGUCAGUGCACUUGUCAUCCACGAUUUUAUCAUUUUACAAUCAUACAUAUUAUCUUUUACAACUAUAAUGUUGUUCUAAGGGGAGGGCGGGUAUUCAGGUAUAAUCAACACUCCCACAUCAGUAUUAGAUGUUAGAUGUUGUUUUUAAACCUGACCAAGGCUGUUAGAAAUGCUUAUUGGUACUACUGAUACUACUGUAUAAUACAUUUUUAUUGUCAAGCAUUUUAGAAUAUAGAACAUAUUUCCCUCUAACUUGGUUGUUGUAGGGCAUUUACCGAUGUAAUUGUUGAAUUUCACUUUGUUUUGACUGUACAACAUUAACUGAUACUUUGUAGUGACAUCACACUGGGGUGUUUUACAUGUACUCUAUUGGCAGAAUGUUCAACAGUGACACAAUGGGCAAAUUAGCAAAAACUGCCAUAAAUGUUUUAAUAUAGCCGUAAAAAUACAAAAUGAAUUUAAAAAACGCAUUUUCAAGAGGCUGUAAUCAAUUCACGUGUUCACUGUCCUAUUAAGGAGUUUGAUUUUCAACAAAGAGGUGAGCGUGGCUUGAGUUUACGUGUGAGAUACAAAUCAUCACACCCGUUGUAGUUCCAACUAAGUCAGCUCUUUCUGGUCAGAGUGUGUUAAAAUAAAGCUCAGAUUAAGCCUUAAUUGAGUAACAGAGCUUCGGACAUAGCAGUGCUUUCAGUUAACUUCACAUCUCCAGAGAUGGUUGAUGACAUCAGCUGCCGAGUAUCAACAGGGAUAAACAACAGAAUCUUUUAGAAUAUGGAAUGUAUUUCUCUUUAAUUCACUUUUUUACAGGUUGUUGUAGGGCAUUUACUGAUCUAACUGUGAAGUUUCAUUUUGUUUUGAUUGUACAACAUUCUUCUGGCUGAUAAUGCACAAUUAAGGAUAAGCACCAGCCUCGUUUGCUGUUACUAAGUUUUUCUACGGAAAAAGGGCUUGGGAUAAAAAUACGUUGUUACUUUGUAGCUACAUAGGUACCUCACCUUAAAUUCAAGACAAUACAAUCAUUCUGUUGAAAAACAAUGUUACUUGGAAUACAGUGCCAAAAUUCUGAAGGUCUUCCUUUUGUGGCUAUUAAAUGUUCAUCACAGUA